AUGAGCUCCAUGAUUGAGGGCAGUGAUGACCGGGCACGAGAGGAUGAGCUCGACUUGGGCCAAGAGAGCCAGCAUUACUCUGAGCCGACGCAAAACGGAAUUCCGGAGGACCCGGAGUCAGGGGUCGAGCUGGGAGAUACGUCAAUGGCACACGUCGAUGCGGAUCUUCCAGUGGUAGCUGCCCCCAACCUUACCUCCGAGAACAACACCACCUCCUUAGUCGAAGUUGAUACGACUGAUACUCCGUUGUCACCCUAUUCUGGGCAGCCUGGUGGUCCCGGUAGUGUCGAUGAAACCGCCUCGAUUCCGGAUGAUUCCCCUUCCUUACAUGGCUCCAUACUGUCCUCGCAAAGCAGCAGUGCUUUGGCACUUCGAGGCUCUCCUCUCCCUAGUCCCAGUCCCAGUCCAUCGCAUCGCCCUUUCGACCUGCGCUUCCAAUCCCGACUCUCCUCUUGGUCGUUGAGUGCGUUUCGUCCGUCGUCCCCGUUUCUGGCCCAGACUCAUUCUCGAAAGCCAUCCCGCACAAGUCGACUGUCCCCAGCCAUCGCUAAUUCCGAUACUGGAUCCCUGCAGGGCCCUUGGGAUGUAGUACGGUGGACCAAGCUGAGGAAGAUAACCGGGCACGCAUUCUCAGAGGUCGGAAAACGAAAUUUUGGCUACCCGACUUGUUUGGCAGUUUCAACCACCAUCGUGAUAGGGACGUCUAAAGGUAUCAUUCUGGUGUUUGACUACCAGCAGAAUUUACGGACAAUCAUUGGGUCGGGAGCAAAAACCACCGAAUGCGGAGCGAUCAUGUCGCUGGCGCUUUCUGCGGACCACUCGACAGUCGCUGGAGGCCAUGCAUCGGGCGACAUAUUCACAUGGGAAAUAUCAAAGUCAGCACGACCCUUUCUCCACAUACCGCCUAUUUCCAUGAACCAGGUCGACAGUGGCACUUCGGAAGGGCACCUCACUGGAUCUUCAGUGAUCCACGUGGGAUUUCUGGGGACCAGACGCACCGCGCUUGUAUCGGCUGAUAAACGAGGAAUGGCCUUCUCUCACUUAGCAACCCGAGGCAUGGGCGCCGUAGGGAGGACGGUGAAGACGACUAGGAUUCUAGGGCGAUACCCACAAUAUGUAGGACCUGGCAGUCGGCCGCGCAAGCCGAGCUCGGUGCUUGCGUUUUCGCCUCUCCCACUUGGUAACGUGGAACAGCCAACCGAUUCUCUGGGUUUGGUCGCCAUGAUUACACCCUAUCUCCUGGUAAUCGUCUCCACGACACCCGUGGCUCGCACUCAGCACAAAGCACCACGCCCGAAGGACGUUGCCGCCCAUGGCGCAAUGACUGGAGCCUUGGCCUGGUUCCCAGCAAUCAGACUCAAGGGUAAGGAUGCCCAGACAUCCAAAACCAAACUUGUCUACUGUUGGUCAAAUGUGUUAACCGUACUGGAUGUGUCUGAGUUUGAUACGGACGAGCCACCGGACAGAGACAGACCUCCAAACCUGGAGUUCAAGGCACGGAGCCGAUGGAAAGCUGAAGAAGCCAUCGUCGCCGUGCAAUGGUUGAGUCGCUCCGUGAUGGCCGUGCUCACAAUCACGCAGCAGUUACUUAUCCUUGAGGACUAUUCCAUGCGCGUAACCGACGCUAUAGAUAUCCUCAGCCGACACAUCUACCAUGUUGACUUGUUCUCAUCACAGCUGCACUCGCUGGUUGAGCAGCUAGACGAAGACAAUACAUCAAUGCAUAGUGUUGUGGCGGACGCAUUUUUCAUGAGUUUUCUUUCCUAUAAAGGUCGCUUGUUCCUUCUGAGCCACAACGACGUCUUUAUAGGCGGCCUCUCCAACUGGGCAGACCGACUUCUAGCGCUCAUGGAGGCAGGUGACUUCAUUGGGGCCAUUCGACUGGCGACAUCCUACUACCAAGGUAUCGGAGAGAAGCUCACUGUUGGUUUACCGGAUGAAGAUGUCUUAAGGCAGCCUAUGGUCCGGGAAAAACUCCUAGAGAUGGUGUCGGCCUCUUUGAAAUACGCCUUCGGCCGGAACCAGGAGGCGGGUAGUGAGCGACUGGGAAUCCGCCAACUCGAGGAACUAGCCGAAGUCUCCAUUUCGGCUUGCAUUUGUCUGGCUGACGAGGAGUUUCUCUGGUAUGAAGUAUUCCAUUGGUAUGAGGAAAAUGAUUCACAAGGGAUCUUUGUUGAUGCACUUGAACCGUAUAUUAUCGACGGAGCCGUGCGGUCUCUUCCCCCUACGGCAGUCAAAGCACUUGUCAGCCAUUUUGCAACUAACCAUACGGCUAGCCGUUUGGAGGAAAUAAUCUGUCUGCUUGAUACGACUACUAUGGACAUUGACCAAGUUACGACGAUGUGCAAGCAGUACAACCUAUACGAUGCAUUUAUAUAUGUCUGGAACCGCUGCCUAGAAGACUAUGUGAGCCCACUGCAAGAGCUCUUGGCACUCAUUCCUUCUCGGGGGGCCCUGGUCAACGAAAAUUCCGUAAACGAACUCAGGCACUAUACGAAUGCUGUGAAAAUGUUUCCAUACCUGUCAUUUGUCCUCACUGGCCGCAUCUAUCCUACAGGGGAUGAUAUGGGUGAAACCGAAGCAACCCGCGCCAAGACAACCUUGUAUGAGUAUUUAUUCUCAGGUAAUUCGUCUGACACAGGGACAGCCAUGCCCCCUGAACCAAACGACUCGUACCCUGACCUUCAGGCUAUGCUGAAGUUUGAUACGCCUGGGUUUAUGAGCAUGCUCAACGAGGCGUUUGAAGAUAGCUUCUUGAACGAACAAGAAGCCGACGAGACUCCAUUCCACGGAGUAACAAUCAACCGACAGUAUUUGAUCAGCUUGUUGUUGCAAAUCAUGGACCCUUCAGUCUUCCCGUCUUCUGAUACCAUUUACCUGGACAUGUUUAUUGCUCGCAACCUUCCGAAAUAUCCCCAGUAUAUCCUUCUUUCCGGCACCACGCUUCACCAGGUCCUGGAGCGAUUGUGCCAAUAUCCAACCCAGGAAAUGAAAGAAGAUUGCGAACUCAGCGCUGAGUAUCUACUGUCCUUUUAUCAUCCUCCGGACAUCCAGAGCAUGAUCCCGCUGUUUCAACAGGCACGAUUUUACCGGAUUCUCAAAUCCACCUACCGAUCGGAGAAACAAUUUCCGCAGCUGGUAUUGACUUACUUUGAGGAUCCGAGUGAUCAGAAAGCGAUUUUCACUUGCCUACAAGACUGUCUUCGCCCCGGUUCGCGAUUGGGUAAGAAACAGAGGCGGGAUGUCAUCGACGUAAUCAAGAGCCGUGCUGGUCAGUUAGUGGCGAUUGAUGUUGAGGCGGCUGCCCAGACAAUGCAGGACUUCGCGCCCGAGGCCCACGAGACGCUGUUCAAUUCACUGAAAGACGAUACCUACGGGCAGUAUCGGUAUUUGGCUAUCAUCGUUGAGCCUGCUACACAGCCUAUCGCCGAGAGGCAUGCCUCUAAAGCAGUGGAGAACUGGAUGAUCGAAUGCUAUGUGCAACUCCUCUGCAAGCACAAUCCGUCGCACGUCGCGGACUUUGUGGAUGAACUCCGGGUUGGUGAUGUGCGGCUCGAUGAACUGCUGCCCGCGAUGGAAGAAAGUGGAGUUGUGGAUGCAGCUGUCAUAUUGCUGGCUAGACAGGGCCAGGUUCAAGCUGCCAUGGGCCGUCUUGUUGCUCACCUGAGAACGCUAGAGUCGGGUCUCGUCGGAAUUCUUCAGAGCAUACGGGACAGUCCGGAUUCGGCCAGUACCGUAGAGGCGAUCGAUGGCCUCGUCGAAUCCUUGGACAAAUAUGCACGGGUUGGAACAUGGCUCUGUCAGGGUCAGACGAAGACGGCCAAGAAGCCGCGACCCGCCGAAAGAAAUGGUGGGAGAAAGACUGCCGUCGACCAGCCCCUUUCAUUUGAUGAGAACCUCUGGCUAGACCUCAUCGAGGCCGUCGUCCGAACGGCUAGUAGCGUUUUUGCGCUGAUCCAGGAAGAACUGCCGGACCAAAAUCAGACACAGCUAGGCCCGUCCAGCAAGUGUUCAGUGCUCUGCUCUCCAGCACCGUCCGGGUUGGGGGGGUCGUCGUUCACGGAACCGAGUGACGUGGCUUUCCUUCGCAUCUUGCGCGCAUUCCUCACGCGUGCAUCACACUGGUCACCCUCUUUGCUUGAGUUACGUGCCGUUCUUGCGUCAAUAUUUUGGGCCUACACAUAUGAGAAGUCACUGCUGGCGCUAGCUAAUGGCAUGCUGGACCGCGACCUCUUUGUGCAUGUGGACGAGGUAACGCGACUACGCCAAAGGGGAUGGCGGCCACGGGGCCAAACCGAUGCGCAGCAGCGUCGCAUCACUCGCCAGUUGCACGAACGACCUGACCCGGUCACCUCCCGGGGCAAGGGUAAAGCGGCUGCAGUACCGGAAACCAGUCAGACGCUACAUCCUCACGAGGAGCACGCGGAUUCGGGGUCCCUGGAUGGUGUUGAGGAAGGGAUGGAGGGGCACCCUGGAGAGGGCCGUGAGAUGCCGAUAGGGCCUGCGGUGGUGUUCUCCUGCCGGCACCUUUAUCACCGACAGUGCCUGGUGCAGUUGGCCCCAUCGAAGCUGACGCAUCACGGCCACUACGCGCCCGAGGGAUCAGGAGGGGAACUGUUCGCCUGUCCAAUCUGUCCUGUACAUACCGUUGACUGA